AUGUACAUGAGACGUUGCCACCCAUCAUUCCUCUCUGGUCGUUCAGCUUCGGUGAGCAUUCGCGCAUCAAUUCUACCCCGACAUCACUUGCGUCAUUCAUUUUCCACCACUAUGGCCAAACUCGAGCUUUCUGUGCCCGAUCUGACUUUGCCCGAUGGCAAUAAAAUCCCCAUGAUUGGCUUUGGGACGGGAACUGCCUGGUACAAAGCCCCAGGAGCCAAGGACCAAGCAUGUAUCGAUGCCACCAAGACAGCCAUCAAGGUAGGCUAUACUCAUCUAGAUGGAGCUGAAAUGUACAACACUGAGGAGGAGCUCGGAGAUGCCAUUAGGGCCAGCAAGGUUCCCCGUGAAAAGCUGUUUGUCACAACCAAGGUGGAUGAUUCCAAGGACUCGAUCAACGACAUUCCGGCGGCUCUCGACCGCAGUCUCAAAAACAUGGGCUUGGAAUACGUGGAUCUGUACCUCAUUCACUCCCCCUUUUUUGCCAAGGGAGACAAGCAACGGUUGCAGAAGGCAUGGGCUGAGAUGGAGCAAGUCGCGGCAGCCGGCAAGGCAAAGAGCAUUGGGGUGAGCAAUUUUCUCAAGGAACACUUGGAUACCAUCCUCGAAACUUGCAAAGUGAGACCGGCCAUCAACCAAAUCGAGUUCCAUCCUUACCUUCAGCACGGAGACUUGCUCGCAUACCACAAGAGCAAGGACAUCAAAGUGUCGGCGUACGCACCGCAGACACCGGUGACUCGGGCAAAGGGCGGUCCACUUGAUGGUUAUCUGGACUCGUUGUCGAAGAAGUAUGCCGUCAACCCGGGGGAGAUCCUCCUCCGAUGGUGCGUGGAUCAAAAUGUGGUGGCCAUCACCACCAGCUCCAAGGAACAGAGACUCAGUGACAUGCUCCGCAUUUUCACCUUUACCCUCACGCCCAAGGAAGUUGAGGAGAUCUCCGACCUCGGGAAGCAACAUCACUUCCGAGCAUUCUGGGGUCACAUUUUUGACGCCAACGACAAGUCGUGA